CUUUCUUCCGAAGGACUGAUGCUUAAAAUUAAGUGGAUUUUACUCUGCGCUUAUCCUCUCCAAAUGUGUCCGAAACAGCACUGGUGCCCUGUAAACGACGCAUGUGUGUGGUGAUACAAACCGUCCCGUCUACAGCGCUUUGUGAUCGCCGGCUACCACUCAUCCAAAUGAUCCUUCCAUUAAUAUUCCUUCUUGCAUCGCUUCUCCAACAAUAUGGCUCGGAAGCUGAAUCAAGUCAUGUCAGCAAAUUUCCCCUACCAAGCGUAAAGGAGCAAAACGGAGUGCAAGAUUCUAACCAGGAGAAAGUUAUAACAGUGUCUGGAGAGGGAAUGGUGCACAGCCCAGACUUCCCGCACACUUAUCCGAGGAAUACAGUGUUAGUCUGGAGACUAGUGGCCAGCAGCAACAUGAGGAUCCAGCUUACCUUUGAUGAGAGAUUUGGGCUGGAGGACCCUGAAGGUGGAAUAUGCAAGUACGACUUUGUGGAAAUAGAAGAUCUGACUGAGAAGACAAUCCUGGGUCGCUGGUGUGGGUCACAAUCGCUCCCAGGUAGUCACAUUUCCAAGGGAAGCCAGAUCACUAUUCGCUUCAUCUCCGAUGAGUAUUUUCCCUCUGAGCCGGGAUUCUGCAUCCGCUACUCCCUGCUGCCUGUGAGUGUACCAGAGCCCAACGCCCCUGCAGUUCUCCCUCCAUCCCUGCAGGAUAUUGAGGAGCUGUCAGAGGCUGUGGCAGAGCUGAGCACUGUAGAGGAGGUCAUGAAGUACCUGGAACCAGAACGAUGGCAGAUGGAUAUGGAAGAGUUGUACAAACCUACAUGGCAUGUGCUGGGGAAAUCAUUCAUCCACAGUAAGAAGGCCCGAGGUGGAGCUGAUCUCAAUCUUCUGAGGGAAGAAGUUCAACUCUACAGCUGCACGCCACGUAAUUUCUCGGUAUCCCUGCGUGAAGAGCUGAAAAGGACAGAUGUCAUUUUCUGGCCCAGCUGCCUCCUGGUGAAGCGCUGUGGUGGAAACUGUUCCUGCUGCUCUCACCGCUGCUAUGACUGUCAGUGUAUUCCUGCCAGAGUCACAAAGAAAUAUCAUGAGGUUCUACUGUUGAAACAUCGAAGUGGUGUACGAGGUCUCCAGAAGUCCAUGACUGAUGUGCCCUUGGAACACCAUGAAGAGUGUGCCUGCGUGUGUAAAGAUGAUUCUGACUGACCUCAGACAUGUGUAACAGCUGCCAACGGAAGCAUACGGGAUAUUAGAAAUGAACCUCUGCCGCUGUUCCUAUCUCAUCCACUACCACUGGAAGCUAACAAGAUUCUCCUUUUAUCCUGAUGUCCUUUUACUAAUUGGAUGAAGCAGAACAGACUGGAAUCUAAUAAAUCUUCCAAAUGGAUUUGACUGCUGUGGAAUACCAAUAGAGUGCUCUGAGUCCAUUUUAGAAAGGCCAAAAAAAAAAAAAUCACUGGAGCAGAUCUGGACCAUUACCUAUGAGCUCUGAAGACUAUUUUCUUCCAUUCUUCUGAGAUAAGAACACUGAGGCAUUUGCGCCAUUUCUUCCUGAGGUCUUUUUUAAAGUUCAGUCAGUGUGGGCUGAUACUGUCAUGAAAAAUGGGAGCUUCUUUGUUCAAGUACUUUUUUAUGUCUAUAAGUGAGCUGGCUCCAGCUGCCUUGCCUUGCUCCCUUGGCUCCUCUAUUAUUACCAUCAAGGCAAAGAAAGGCGGUUUUUAGGAGCUGUUUCCUUUUGCUCCCCUCUUGUUUUACCACAGAGUUUGUCUGUGGCAGUGUACAACCACAGUAUAGUUGAAAUGUAACACUAAUGAGACUGCAUUACGUGUAAAUAAUUUGUUUACAUUUCUUUUCUUUAUUAGUGUGCAUUUUCUGCCAAAGUUUUUCAAAGAUAAGAGCAAAGUUGCACAUUGAGAAUCAGUUAGAACUCCUUCUUUAAGUCUUCAUUUGAUCCAUCUCAGCAAUAUUAAAUCUGCUUGCUCAAGAAAUGCCAGGCGUCAAACCAUUUUUUUUUUUCAACAUUUGAGAUUGUUCACAAUAAGUAUUUAUUUGUUUAAGGAAAGGGAAUUUAGGUCCAAGAUGACUUGUGUGCUACAUAUUUCACUGUUUACUAGCCUCCUCUCUGUUUGUAAUUUUUACAUUUUGA